AUGAAGUCUCUCACCUCGUUCGUAGCAGUUGCUCUAGCUGCAUGCACCGUCACUGAUGCCCGUGGACUGCACUAUCAAUCCGAAGCUCCACUGGGUAUCAAGACAACCAGUGGCCAUCUCUCAGGCUUCAUCAACAAGACCGCCCCCGAUGUUCGCCAGUUCCUCGGUGUUGCCUACGCCGAACCCCCUCUCAAGUCCCUUCGCUUCCAACCUCCCAAGCGAAAGCACAGCUCAGAGCACGUAUCAGCCAAGAAGUACGCGCCGUCAUGCAAACAAAUUAUCAGCAAGAACCCAACAGUCUAUACUGAGCACAUGACUCAGUUUCUUAUCAAUGGCGGUGACUCCGAGGACUGCUUGUAUCUCAAUGUCUACGCCCCCUUGAAGCCAACUGCGAAGAAGCUGCCAGUCUUCAUCUACAUUCCCGGUGGCGGUUUUACAGGCGGUGGUGCGGAUUCACUCUACAAGAUCCCCGAUAAGUGGAUUCAGAAGACUCAGUCUCAUAUCGUUGUCACCAUGAACUACCGCGUCAACCUCUUUGGCUUCCCCAAUGCUGAAGCUGCUCAACAAAACGUCGGUCUCCUCGACCAGCGCAUGGUUGUUGAGUGGACACGAGACAACAUUGCCGCAUUUGGCGGUGAUCCUCAGAAGAUGACCCUCUGGGGCCAGUCUGCUGGUGCUGGCUCAGUUGGCAUGUACGGAUACGCUUAUCCCAAGGACCUCAUCGUCAAGGGUUUGAUCUCUGAUUCUGGCGCUCCAGCUAUGCUGGCCAAGGCUUAUGGUAACCACUCUAGCUUCGAUACCCUUGCUGAUAAGGUUGGCUGCAAGGGAUUGGAGGGAAAGAAGCAAUUGAACUGCAUGCAAAAGGUCGAUGCUUCAAAGUUGCAGCAGGUUUACUCUGAGACACCGACUAUCUCGUUCACUCCUGUUGGAGAUAACAUCACUGCCUUUUCGAACACGACCGAUCGAAUCGCGAGAGGCUUGGUCACCAGAGUGCCAUGGAUCUUUGGCAACAAUGCCAACGAAGGUGCUGGCUUUGGCACAUACGAUCCCAACGGAGUAACACCAGCCCAGACUGCCAUUGGACUGGCGGCUAUCGUCUGCCCAGUUGCUACUGAGGUCAAAAACCGUGUCAAGUACGGAUACCCAACCUACAGAUAUUACUACACCGGAAACUUCUCCAACAUUACCCCUCUGCCUUGGAUUGGCGCGACUCAUAGUGCUGAGCUUCCUCUUCUCUUCGGAACGCAUUACGAGUACCGUGGCAACUCCACCGAGUACGAAUGGGAGGUUGCCGAGGGCAUGCAAAGUCUCUGGCUCUCUUUCGCAAACAAUCCCAAGGAGAACCCUCAAGCUGGAAGGAUUACUUGGCCUUUAUAUAAACCCAACGAGAACAAGAUGGCUAUUUUUGCAGAGGCUGGAAAGAAGUGGUUCCAGUUGGGCAAAGGGUCUUUGACCGAAACCCAGUGCAAGUAA